GUUUGUAACUGUAUAGAUAAUGGAGGGAGUUUGUUUUUUCGGCCAACUCCUUGGGAUUUAUAUAUUCAAGUGAUUGUCCGCACCUUGAAGUAACUGUGUCAGUUUCACUCCAGUUUUAUAAGCUCUUUAGAUUAUUUUAAACACUUUUCACGUGGAUGUAUUAUUCAUACAUAUUAACUCUGACAUAUUUCAGUAGUUAAUUUAUAAUGAUAUUUUCCGGCAGUCAUAUAAAAGUUGAUCGAAGUAGAUUGUCACGACGACAGUCAGCUACUUUUAAAACAAUUUAAAACCAGCGUCUGGUUGUGAAAUAAUUUAGCAUAAGGGCAAAAUAUUUAUAACAGGUAAAUUGUCUUGACAUCGUAAGGAUUAUUUAUAAUAGUAAACCUAAAACCUUAUAAGGUGCAAGUGAAAGGAUGCUUUGUAAGUUUAAUGAAAAAUAAUCAACUAAGUUGCUGUCUGGAUCCCUCUAAAAAUUUAUAAAUCAUGAUAAGAUGUACCAUUUGUUUCCUUUUUUUAAAUAAAGAAUUUACUAACACCUUAUCAUCAAAUUCGUCUGUGUUCCUCAAUCUUCUAAUGUUUACCAGUCUUUUUAGCGUAAAACUGACUAAAUAUUAAGUUCAACUUAGCUAUCGAUUAGCGACUAGCUGUCAUCGCGUUUUGAAAUCAUACAAGCAACCAAAAGGCUGCUAUCUUAAAUCUAAUGAGUUUAAUAGUUUGGCUUACAUUUACCAAAUGGUUUUGCGUUUGGAAAAAGCAGAAAGGGGUAUCGCCAGCCUGAUAUUGCGUUUGAUUUCACAAAGAUUAUUGACGAGACUAUCAUUUAUGGGUCAUCUUUGAGUGACGCCAAAAUAACCCCGAAAACUCCCUUUUUCUGACUAGUAUCUAAAGGAGGUUGCAAACUAGUUAUGAAAACCAGUACUGAGUCAUUACCCGAGUGAAGAACCAGGUGCACAUAUUUACAUCUACGAAAUUAAAACUUUAUAGUAAUUUCUAAGUUAAACUGUACAAGUCCAUAUAGUUCUUUCCAUAGGUAAAGGUUAUCCACUAACCACUUCGUAGUCAAGAUGGCUUCAAACAUGCUAAUCGAGAUGCCUAAAAACCAUUAUAUAAAUUCGAUCUAAUCAGUUAUCACAGUUUUGACUUCACCGUUACCUAGUCAUACAAAUAAAUGUAAGGGAUAUGUAUCUUACUCCAUCUAAAUCAUAUCAAUCCAACUAGUUUGUCAAAAUAUAAGGAGCAAAUCUUAGUUAGUGACAGAGCAAAACCUCACAUCGGUUUGUUUAGUUGACAGUACGUUGUAUUUACAAUUGUCGUUGACAUGACCAUAUCAUCUAGAUAAAUUAAGUUAUGUGAUUUGUCAGAAAUAAGCGAAUUGCAUUAAAAUUAUAGUUGAAAAUCCAGUGUACGUGAUUUUCAUCAUUCAUUGUGGAGUAAUAGUUAUCUCGUACUUGGAAGUUAAGUCUCAAUUUUUAUGGGUUUUUUCUUUAUUUAGUUGCACGGAGAUGACGCUCCGAGCUGGUGCGUCUAAUAUUUCUGUCCGAGCAUGGCGCCGCUACUUCACUCUAUCAUCUGUUGAUGCAGUCAUCGAAUUGAUGCGAGAAGUGUUUGUCAGUUGUGGAGCAGUCUUUUCUGAUGAACAGACAGGCAUGAAUCAUCUGAAAACUAAUACCAUCAAUAACUCUGAUAUAUGUGACAUUGGAGUUGACUCCUCCAUCAAAGAACCUAAUUUGGCUUUCAUAUCUAUUGUAUUAGGUUACAUAGAAAAUCAUCUUACUUCUAGCACAUCAGAAGACUUUGAUUCCAUAAAACUAAAAAAUACUCUUCAUCGCAAACUUGUAUCCAGAAAAAAGGAAAAUUUGCCUCAAAAUUAUCCCCGUUCACGUUCAUCUUCUCUUACAAAAUCACAAUCACCUUUAUCUGUUCAUCUUGAAACACCAGAAGAACAUUCAGAAGGUUCUAAUGACCACCUGGAAUUGAGCAAUAAGUUAAGUUCCAUCCCCAGAUCUUUGUCAUCAAAUGCAUUCUUACAAGAAACUAUUCACGAAUCUUCUGCAUGUCGCCGUCGUGCUAGACGAUUUGGUUCUGCUCGUCGUGUUCGUCAACGAAACGAGUCUGAAGUAUCUGUUUCUGCAGCAACCGCAAUCGAAUCUCCACUCACCGUUGCUGCUAAAAAUGAACCACUACAAAUAUUCACAGACAUACCAGUCAGAAAGCGGCGUCGAUUUUCUGAUAGCACUAUACCAAAUUCAGCUUUUCCAUGUUUAACAUUUGAUGAACUUGAACGCUUGUACUUAGAUUUCUACAAUCUCAUCACUAAUUCCCCUAAAUUGAAACCUUUUAUAGCAGACACAAGCAGUUUUACUAAUGGAUCAGAAUCGAAAACACAGAAAUUUCACUGUACUUCAACAAUAUCUCCAGCAAAGAAAUACGCAUGUCGUGCACUUAUUUGUGCCAUAUGUGAAGUUUUAUGGAGCCAAAUGACAGCUAGUCGUGUCAAAGAACGAUUGACGCACACACAAAGCGUGUAUUCUUUUCUAACAACGGGCAUUCUAGAUAGUUUCGGAUUGGCCUAUACAGUUGUAGCGGCCUGCCAACUCCUUGGUUAUUCUGAUGUAGACCUAGCAUUAUCUGAAGACCACGGUUGGGUUGAAUUCGGUCCUCCGGAAUCUCGUCAGACAGCCGAUGUAGCUAGUUGGGUACAAGAAUCUCAUACAUCUGCCAGUUCGCAUAAUUCAGAAUUAUCGAAUUCUCUUGAUGACUCAGUGCAACAAACAGAACACUCUAGGACCAGGAAAGCAUCAUCGUCUACUGAAGAUGAACAUAAUCCACCUUCCAUUCGCAUUCCACCACUCGAACAUUCUUGGCUUUAUGUAAGUGGAUAUCCGGUAGUUUGUCGUCCACGCAUAAUGGCUGUGGCUGCUGCGAUUGCGGCGAUACAACCAGGGGCUUCAUUAUCUGCUGUCACUCAAGCUCCAACUUCAGAACCUUUUGCUUAUGGCACACUUUCACCGAAUCCCUCAGUAUCCUCCGGUGGUGACCUUAUUACACCUACCGGCUUAGUUAAGCAUUUAUCAUCAGCAUCAGUGAUCUCCAUGCAGCUGGUUACAUUAAAACACCAACUUUUAUGGUUAUGCUUCGAUGCUGGUUGUCUAUCACGUUAUCCUUUAGGAUUAACUAAUUUAGGUGAUUUAGAAGAUGCAUUUCCUACCAUGGGACGACUUGCUACAUAUUUAAAUUCAUUACAUUCGUCAGUUAAAACAAAUUUAAAAUGUACUAAUGAUUUAACGAAUGAAUUAAAUGUUUUGGUGGAUCAGUCCAACUAUUCGUCAUCUGUUUCACUUUCCACUACUACUACUUCCAUUGUAAAUUCACAAACGAAACUGUCAGACUGGCCAAAUUCUCAAUUGCCAGAAACGGUUUCACUGGCUUUGGCUCUUUAUAAUCGUGCUAUUUUAGUCAAUCAGUACUAUUAUUCUAAUCAUCAUGUUUAUCCGUAUACAUCCUUAGCAGGGUGUUUGUACAGGCAUGGAGAUAAUCGAAGUGCAUUGCGUUACUGGGCAGAGGCAUCUAAAGUUAUUGGACAUUAUAAUCAUACAUCUGAAGAUUGGGAAAUUUAUCGUGAGCUUUUAGAGAUUGCCACACAUUUAAUGCCUCAAAUGUUCCGAUCGGCUAGUGAAAAUUCACAUUUUUGUUCUGAAGGUUCAGUUGACACUGAUCCCGAUGGAUGCCUAUAUCAACCAGAUAAUAUUCUAGAUGAUCCACACUGCCUUUCUUAUCUGUUAUCAUUUUAUGAUCAUUUAUGUUUAUGGGAAGAAGGUUCGCCUGUGCCAGUUUUGCAUGUAGGUUGGGUUGAUAAAUUAAUGGUAAAUUUGACACGAUUUACUCAACGUGCUAGACGUCAUCUUUGCUUAUCUGUAGCAUCCGAUAAAGAAGAUAAUAAAAGUGAUAUUGUGAAUUCACCUUCGUUAACACAUUCAACAUGUAGAUCAAGUCGAUGGACAACUGAAUCAACUGAUACAACAAGUGAAACAGGAGUUCUGAAUAUGAAUAACAUAAAACGUACUCGUCGACAUCGAUCCAAUCAAAUCGAUUCCACAUCCAAUUUGUCUACUCCUAUCGCUAAAAACGAUCUUUCAAAACCGAGUGAUUAUGUUGAUGACGUCAAUACUAAACUUGAACUAAUCAAUGAUUAUUAUACUGGGGGAAAUAUUCAGUCUCCAUCUUCUGUAAUAACAAAUCAAGAUAUAACUUGUGAAAUGUCUACAGUAGUUACAAAAGCACAAAAUAGGAAGAGUGAUAUGGAAACUGAUUCAUUAGUCGAAGCUAACAAAGGCUCUAUUCCUUACAUAGUAAAAUCUUGUAGAACCUCUGUCACAGUUGAGAUACCCGAAGAAACAUCCAACACAAAGAUAUCUAUCAAAGAAUCUUAUUCUCCCAAUGAAAAAUCUGUUCCAUCAUCCACUCAUACAAAUUCAAUGUUUGAUGAUGUUCAAUCUGAUGCGGAUCAGAUAUUGUUGGAUACUGAAGAACAAGAUGGAUCACCUUCUCCACUAAUGGAUUUUCCCAAUCAUGAUGAUUUACUUGCAAGUUUAGUUGAAGCAUGUGAUCAUCGUCUGUUGAAUCCAGCUUUUUUAUGGGGUAUGGAACCACACUCACCUUUUCUUCCAGCUAAUGUUGCUCCAGAAGAAGCAUUAAAUCGUCUAAUGACAGUAUUAGAAGAAAGUAAACCCCCUACUUCCAUAAUACGCAAUUCAAGUGAUAUUAUAUCUACAGAAACUAUGGUUCAUCAUAUUUUUCCAACUCCUCCAAAUUCAGGAAGUUUCACUGGAUCAUCGGAAAAUAUUAUCCAUGAAGAAUCAACUUCAUCUACUACAUUAUCUCAUACAACAUUAUGUACAUCACCUCGAGUUCCAGAAAAUUCAGUACCUGGAAUAGAAAAACUAACAUCAACUGCAAUAACAGCACCAAUUCGUUUAGAAAAUCAAGAAAAUUCAACUAACUAUCCUGUUGAUAAAAAUAAUAAUCUAGAAAUUACAUUAAAAACAAGUUCUGUAUUACCAACAGAAAAACAUACAUUGUUUCCUGACAAUUUCGACACUGUCGACGGCGGUUGUAAUAAUAAUAUUAAUAACGAUAAUAAUAAUAAUAAUGGUGAUGGUGUUUUGUCGGAAGAUUUUGACCUGUUAACUAAUAUUCCUAAUGAAUUAAUGGAUUCUGUCGCCAGCCUAGUGGUUGAUAAUCACCACCAUCAUCAUCAUCAAACUGAUCAUCAAAUCAAUUCAAACAGUCCUCCUACUGAUUUUUUUGAUUUAUUAUUAGAAUCAGCAAACAAUUUAAAUACAACAUUAUGUAAUCAACAUCAAUGUGAAACAGAAAAUCAGGGACAAAAUAUAAAUAUAAAUGAUGAUAAUAAUAGUAAUAGUGUUAUUAACCAGUCAACAAAUCAUCGUACAGUUAAAACAAUGGAAGAAUUAACUGUUCACUUACCAUUAUAUUCAGUUAAGAUGGCUUCAAUUAUUGAAUUAUUACGAGCGCCUAGAUUGAAUUCGUCUGCAAUUAAACUAGCAUUGACAGCGCAAAGUCAAGUAUGUGUUCGCCGAUCUAGUAGUGUACAUUCUAAUUAUUUUUAAUCAUUUCUUUCUUCAUUGUAUUAUAGUAUGUAUUUAUCAUUCAUUCUAUGUGGUAUGUAUAUAUCACCGUCGAAAUGUAUUGAAGUUUAUUAGUCUGACUGUAUCUUUUGGUUGUUUGUUUGUGUGUGUGUGUAUGCAAAUGUACAUAGAUACUUAUUAUAUGUCUGUAUGCUUGAUUCAAGUGUACAUUAUUCAUUUUGUAAUUCCUUCUCUUUCGAAUUGUUCAUUGUUUGUUUGUUCUUUUCAGAUCUAUUGUAAACAGUAGAUUACUGUUACCUUUGUUGAUUAAUGGAUAGAUUCAUUAAAUCAUGUCUAUUAUUCUCAAUUGUCAGUUUUGCAUUAUGAUAUUACUCGUUUGUUUGUUUGUUUUUUGUUUACUUGUUGUCUGUACAUAAUCGUGUGAGUAUAUAUCCAUGUGUACAUCUAUUCAUUGCUCUUAUGUUGAAUUUCAAUAGAUCUAUGCAUUAUAGUUAACACAUUUUGUAUCCAUCUAGAAAUACCAUCAAUAACUAUUAUCAUUCAUGAAUGUUACUGAUCAUUAAAUCAUUCAUUUUUGCUGCAUAUUUAUGUAUUAUAUAUUGUUAAGAGGAUUAUAUGAGACUUUUACUCUCUGUCUAUGUCUAAUCAAAAGGUAUCCCCGAAUUCCCCCCCUUUAUAUCAGUGCAUAGAAAUUUCCCUUUAUUUUUUUGGAAAUUCAUUUGUUCUUCCUAUAUAGUAUGAACUAUUACAUUUUAUCAGUUGUACACAUUUUUUUCUUGUAUUGUCUUUUUAUGCCUAACUCUUUCUUUGGUUUGGUCCAUCCAGCUCAACGAACAAACCAACAUCAAAAUCACCCACCUGAGCUACAAAUCUUCUCCACCAUCUCUCUCUCUCUCUCUCUGUUCGUAUUCUUUCAUCAGCCAUAAUUACCAUGCUCCAUUGUCCAUUAGACACAUAUAUAUGAUUCAGUGAACCAACCUAUUUUGUUUAUAUAUGAUCACACAAAUAAGAGGAAUUUUAAAAAUAUGUAUUUUUUUUCUAUCGUUUUGUAAUCUACUAAUUGGGUAUUGUUAUAUAAGGGUAGAUUGAUUUACUUGUAUAUUCUACUUAUUUUUCUAUUAUUUUAUUGAGACUUUAUAUAUGUGUGUGUGUGUUUUACUUAUUAUUGUUUACAUGUGUUUUUGUGUAUUGGAAUCAUAUGGAAACACUACGGAAACAUGUGUAUAUUUCAUUGUAUUUUCUUUUACAUAAAGAAUAAGAUGUGUGUCUGCACGUUUUCAUCUCAUUCAAAUGCAUGUUGUUUGUACGUGUGUGUGUGUAUGUGUACGUUUUGUAAAGUCGACAUGUAACUCUUUUACCUCUUGGUCCCGCCACCGGUUGAUUCUUAUGUUUUUUUUUUAAAUCUUGACCAUACAUGUGUUUUGACCUCAGAUUAAAUUUUAUCGAAUUUUUGUUUAUUUACAUAUUUUUUUCUAAACUUUAAUAGUUUAUUUGAUUGCUUCUAAAUUCCGGUGAUGAAUUAAUUCCUUCGUAUUAUGUCUAUGUAAAUCUGUAAAGAGUCUAUAUAAAAGCCUUUUGUGUUUCA